UUUCCUAACAAAAUUCUUCUUAACAUUUUCAGUCUUCUUCCGGCACCAUUGCAUGUGGCUUAUCGCGACAAGAAUGAAGACGAUGACUUAGAAAAAGCAUACAAAGAGGUUUGUGAUUCGUUGUCGGCCAUGUUGACCCAAUUCUUAGCUUUCUUGUUCACAUCUUCAAUGAUCGAUCGUAGACAGAGGUUUGUAAGAAGUAAAUGCGUUUGAUUUAUUUGUAGUUAAAGGUUUCAGCUAUUAAGAAACAGCCUCCGCCUUACGGACAAAGGCAUGGAUGGAUACCAAGGAAGCUAGAGGUUUGUGUGCAAUGCAACAUAAAAUAAGCUUAAUCGAUCGAUGUUUUUCUCUUUUAUUCGAACAUGUGGAUGUGUUAUUAAUGUGUUUGAAUAUGCGGGACUUCUUUAUAUUUAAGCCAGGAAUGUUGGUAUGGUGCGAUCGUACAAAGUUUUGAUCAAAAUCUGUUUAGUUUCUUGGGUUUGUGGUUAGUUUGUUCCAUGGUCAGAUCGUGCUACAUAAAGGCCAGAUCAUUCCACAGUAUAGUCAGUUAGUUCCAAGUUUCUAAUACUGUAAAUGUGUGAAGAGUGAUUGUAACUUCAGUGCAGUGUAAGACUGGGCAAGAUUACAGAAUACCCAUCCACUUCAAGUAUCCUCAAAAAGCUGCCACUGCCGUCCCACAGUACUCUAUAAUUUAAAUAUUUAUUUUAUGUAGCAUUCAGCUUCAAUCUUUAAGCAAUAAAGCAAAAACAAGCACAGUAUGUAAUAUACCUUGUUCUUUAAUUUACAAAUCCCAACUAAACCAGUUUAAAAUAAAGCAGCCAUUCUGGACUGUGGACCAUGGUGGCAGUUCAUUUGACUGUUUGUGUUUAACAUUCUUAUUCAGCUGACUACCGUAUUUAUUCGAUUAACCGCCCUGGGCGCUUAUUAAAUUUUUGGACCUUGAGAGUGGGCGCUUAUUCGAGGCUGGGCGCUUAUUAAAUUUUCACCAUUUUCAGCAAGUGAAGUAUGUCUAUUUUGCAACAAAACAAUAAAUGCUAAUAACAAAACGCGCAGAAGUAAUAAAGCAAGGUUUCUAUAAAAUACUCUGAAGAAAACUCCGUCUCUUAUUAGAAUUUAUUCACUCAAGUGAGUGGGGUAAGGGUGAGCGCUUAUUUGAGUUUGAUUGGGAGGAGGAGGGGGUGGGCGCUUAUUCGAGGCUGGGCGCUUAUUAACUUUUUCUGCCUUUAGGAUGGGCGCUUAUUCGAGGUGGGCGCUAAUUCGAGGUUGGGCGCUUAUUCGAAUAAAUACGUUAUAUUGUAUAUUGUGGAAUGAUGAGAUUUGUUUUUGGAACAAUCUGACCAUACAGUGAAUUGAUAUUGCUUAGAAUGAUUUGUCCAUGAAAUUAGAUGGCCAGAUACCAUUUCUUGGAAUGAAACAUCACCAUAGGUGUAAGGCCAGGACUGUUUAUGUAGUGUAGGUCACUGCCAUAAUAUUUUUCAUGAUUUUGUCACUUUUAAAUUUUCACUACUAACCUCUGCUUAGGUCAGCCUCCAAGAGACAGUCUUCGCUGUUGAACAGAUCAAUACAUGGGCUAUUGAAUGAUGCCUCCCUCCAAUAGAAGGAUUUUAAAUUCUACACACAUUUGCCAAAAAAACUACAGUUGGUUCUCUUAUCUUCUCUGGCCCAACCUAUAAUAAAAAAUCCAGGGGACAUAAACCCAUAUUAUUAUGCUUGUUUUCCCUUCCCAUUCUCUGAAAAAGUAGUAUUUGUUUCUGAAAUUGCUUGCAUUGUUUUGAUCUUCAGGAUUUUGGAGAUGGUGGUGCUUUUCCUGAAAUACAUGUUGCUCAGUAUCCUUUGAUCUUGAUUAACAUACGUGUACAGUGGCACCCCGUUAAUACCGUCACCAAUGGGCCAAAAAAAAAUCAGCCAUAUUAUUAUUAUUAUUACAUGAAAAUGAAUGGCGGAUUUUGCUAGGCGGGCAUAAAAAAGUGGCUGUAAUAACGAGGUGACUGUAUUACCGAGGUAGUCCUAAGGUGGGGUUUCACUGUAUUAUUAUUAUUAUUAUUAUUAUUAUUAUUAUUAUUAUUGUUAUUAUUAUCAUUAUUAUUAUUAUUAUUAUUAUUAUUAUUAAUUUUUAAUUUUAUCUUUUUUGAAACAAACCAAACAAUCAGCCUUACAAGUUCUAAUUUUAAAGUCAUCGCUUGGAGUCUUGCAGUGGUGAAAUGCUGCAAAUGUAACAAGUUGUUUGCUAGUUUUAAGAUGACACAAUGUUUUGGACUCAAAUAUUUAUUUACUGGCUUUAAAACUUGUAUUGUUUCCACUUCAUUUUACACUGUAAAAAUCUACAGUCAUUUUAGAUUAUUUUGCCAAGAAAAUAUAAGGUAUUAUUUUGAUUUUUUAUCAAAUUGAAAGAUUGCUGUCUUUUACCAGUGUAGUAUGUUUCUCCCACAAGUUCAAAAGGUUUAUCAAAACUAAUUUAUCUUACCUCAGUUAAAUCAUUUUAUGCAUGUAUGUUGUUUUCAAAACUGAAUUAUCAAUUAAUUUUUCUAUCUUUUGUUAAUAAAAAUAAAGCGAUACAGCACAGGUACUGUAAUAUUAUUUUUGCUAGCCGACAUAUACAUAGAAGAAGUUAACAUCUGUAACUGCAGAUCUAUCAAAUUUGCACCUUCCUUGACAAAAUUCCUUUAGAUAUCCUCUGGAUAUGGGGCGUGAAAAGAAGGUACAUGUUGUACAGUCUAUGUAAUUUGAUAAGUUCUCAGUUGUCUUCAGUCACAUCUUAAAUAUAUUGUUUGAGUGCCAUUUCUCUAUAAUGUGAAUUGAAUAUCAUAUUGAUGCCUUUGUAAAUCACAGUACUUUUUAUUCAUAAAUCAGAGAAAGGACGUGCAUUGUUUCAUCACAUGCUUUUUCACAAACAAGAUGAAGAGGCUUAUUUAAUCUGUUUUCAUUUUCAAAGCCUUCCUCCAGCACUAAUGCACUGCCUGUUCAACUGGAUUCUCAAGGCAGAGUGAAAUAUGACGCACUUGUUAGACAAGGUCACCGCAAAGAUAAGGUACUGGGUGUAACUUUUAAUAGACUAUUUUUUUCCAAUAGAUUUAUGAUGUAGACUGAUGGCCAAAAUUUAUGUGUAUAAUAACAAAGUUGUAUGGGGCAAAAAAUAACAUUUAAAUAGAUUUUAUCUGCUCCUUUAAAUGUAGUACAAAACCUUUGCUUAUUAGAUUUAAGCUCAAAUUAAUAGUGAUUGGUGAGGAUACUACAGCAAUUUAACUCAAAGGCUUGGCAGUCAGACAUUUGAUUGGACUUAGUUCUAUAGGGCCUUCCAAAGCCACACACUGCUUUGAUAAAUAUCAUGCCACACAGGAUUAUUCAUCAAUGUAUCGAUACCACUGUAUCAUUAGUCAAGCUUGCUUUAGCAGUAAGACUCUGUGUGUGUGUGCACAUCAAAGGGGGGGGUGCAGGGUGCAAAGAAAAUCAUUUUUACAGCUAGCCAUUCAGGCAAGCUCAAGCUAGCGUUUACUAGCCCCAAAAGCUUUUUGACGAGCAGAAUUGAUUUCACAGUUCUUCCUUCAUUCAGAUUUCGCAAAAAACAUCACUUGCCUGUCGGGCAAGUUAAAACAGAAUUCGCUAGCCCGAUAGCACAAUCCACUAGCCCCAGGCUAUCGGACACUGCUUUCUUUGCACACUGCGGGGGUGGGGGGGGGAAUGAUGGUCCCAGGCAUUCCUAGCAGAGACCGUGGAAACUUGGGAUGAAAUAAUAUAAUUUGCAACAUGGCCUACAACAUUAUUCAAAAGAUAGUGAUCUUUUACGGGUUGGUCCAGAAAAUUAAUUCUAUCGCUUGAAAGCGUUGAUUACUUUGGAACACAUGGAUACUUCAGUGGUUGGAAAAAAGAAGAAUCUUUAUGAGCCAAACUUCAGCAAAGCUUCAAUAGUGAGGCUAACUAGUCGGGUGUUAUAAACUUUCAUUGUAUGCAAAUGAGUCUUAUGAUAAGCAUGCGUUUUUUUUUUGGCGAUGAUUGAAAUGGCAUGUCAUGUUCAUCAUGUUUUUGCUGUUUGGUAAUGAUGUUAUUUCUCUUGAAUUGAAGCCCUUGAUUUUCAUAUAUUUAUACACACGUGCUCAAUCAAUUCAGAAACAAAUCGUCCAAUAUAAUAUAAAAGUAAAUAUCCUGAAGAAUACUUGACCAUCACUAAAGUACGAUGUGAAAAACUUUUAGCGAGGAAAUCCUGUUAUGGGUAGAAACAAUCGCCUCCUAAUUUCUUACAUCAUGUAUCUAAUUUCCAAGUAACAAGCUCAACUGACUGCUUUUAAAGAGCAUUCUUGUUUUAGCAAGAAGUCUGCAUUAGUCCAUAAAGUUUUACUUAUUACAUGUACAUGUACCUCUUGGCAAGGCUGAGUCUGUGCAAGUUUUUCUUGCAGUGGCCUCUCAUUUUUAUCCCAGAAUGCAUAGUAGAGCCUCUAAUGUUCUUACUACCUGUAUGUUCUCUUAAAAUGAAAACAUAACGGUCAGUUUAUAGCAGUACAGUGUUUGUUAAUGACAGAUGAUGAUUACUGCAAGUUGGAUUUUUUGUUUGUGUUUGCUAUUAUAGGUUGUGCAUUCAAGAUUUCAGGACUUGGUUCCUGUUCAUUUAAAAGAUGAAGGUGAUCCAGAGCUGGAACGACCAAGUGAAGAGGACAUUGAGGAGGUACACUUACAGAGAACUUUUCCAAGAAAAUUAAUUAUUGCAGUGUAGCUUCCAAAAACCUCAGUCUGCUGUAAAACUAAACAUGUAUGACAGCCUCACUUGCAUCGACAAGGUCAAAAAGAUACAGUUAAGAAGGAGAAUCUGACAUUGCCUUUCAAUGAUCUGUAGAUCACGAGAUAUUAUUUUGGCAAUCAUAAGGUCAUUGAUAAUAUCUUUUUCUUUGGCCUCUAGACAACUAGGAAAACAAGGGAAGCUUUAGAAAAGGAAGUCAAUACAAAGAUAGCAGCUGCACAGCCUACCCAAGUUGCACAGAAGCCUGGGGCAGCACAGUACAUCCGCUACACACCUUCUCAACAGGGGGUAUCAUUUAACUCUGGAGCUAAACAGAGGGUGAUACGCAUGGUAGAAAUGCAAAAGGAUCCCAUGGAACCACCUAGAUUUAAGUAAGCUAAAUAUGUUUUGGAAGAGUUUUUAAAGGAUAGAAUUAACCCUUUCAUUUUCAAAAGUGGCGAUAGUCAAAAUUCACUUCUAAUUUUUUUGGUUGCAAACCGAGUAAUGCCUUGUGAAAGUUCAGCCAAAGUGGUUCAAUUUAAAUGGUCAGACCACACAGUGUCUCACUGUGUCACAUGUUACAAGUCUAUAUACACGUAUUAUUUUAUGAACUCUUGGAGUACAAAAAUUAACCCACUCAUCUCAUGUCCUUUUCAAUGUACUUGUGUUUGUUCUAUUACUGAUAUUAAUGUUCAUGUAUUGUUGCUGUAUUUGUAGGACAAACAAGAAGAUUCCGCGAGGUCCCCCAUCUCCCCCCGCACCAGUCAUGCAUUCGCCAAGUCGAAAGGUAAAACUGCUGACUUUGACAUCUUGCUGCUCUUCAAUUAAACCCUAAUUCUUAAGUAAACUCAACCAAUAUUUUCUUUUUUAUAAAUUUACACUUAACUAAAGUGUAGCUCCCAAAAAAUUGAAGUACCAGUUGUUUGAAUAGAAAAUGUAAUAAUUUCUGAUGUUUUUGUCACUGUUUUCCGAUCUUAUUUGUGUUACCAUAUAAAAGUAUUACAAGGGUUGAUUUUAGGGUUAAAUUUUAUUGUAAGAUCCGUAGCAUAAGAACUGUUUUGAAGAGGCACGUGUAUGAAAACAAAAACCAAAGGAAUUUGUAAUAAUUGGUUGCUGAAAACGUUAGAUAUGGAUAAAUAAUCAUUUCUUUGUAAUUCUUUCAGGUAACUGUGAAAGAACAGCAAGAGUGGAAAAUCCCUCCCUGCAUUUCCAACUGGAAAAAUGCCAAGGUAAAUUAAUGAGAAUUUGACUUUAAAAUAAAUCAAUGCACUGCUGUCAAUAAUGAUAGGUUUGUAGAUUACACAAAGAGCUCCUUUUGUCAUCAGAUUUAAAAUAAUGGUAAGAAAAAUAAGAGGCUCUACAUGAUUAGUUUAUCAAGAAGCCUUAAAGUGAGUCCAGGUUACAGAAUAUGGAAUUUGUUAGCACCAUGCCAGUGAGGAUCAAUAGUUGUGCAAUUUUGCAUAAUCAGAUAGAAUCAGAGCCCUCAUUUAAAGUACCUAGUUGAAGCUCUUUAAGAGUUAGUACAACUGUAGUCUGUACAUAACUCAUUGCAGUUCUUGUCAAAACAAACAACAAAGGCUGGCUUUUAACGAGAUAGCUUUUGCAAUUUGGAAAAUGUAGUAUUCUUAGUCAUUUCAUUGGCAACAGGUGAGAAGGGGAUCCAGAAAAUUUCAGCAAGGGGUGGCCAGUGGCCAGAAAACUUGACAGCUAGAUGUAUAUAGAUACUAUUUAUUUUACGGAGAAUUCUUUAGCAGUAAUAUGAAAUUUCGCUGAAAGGGGGGCAGCCGAGGGUAGUCUUGACCCACCACUAAAUCUGCCCAUAGGUCACAAUGUAAGUCAUUUAGACUAAUUAUCCAAAUGAUCUCAGACAAAACAAGUUCAAAUGAUUUCAGUUACAAUCACUUUAAAACUCUGAACAUUUAUUUUCAUCUCGUCCACAGGGGUACACCAUUCCUUUAGACAAACGCUUGGCAGCUGAUGGACGUGGCCUCCAGGAUCCACACAUUAAUGACAAGUUUGCAAAGCUAGCUGAAGCAUUGUACAUAGCGGACAGAAAGGUACAGUUUUUCAUUUUUUGGCAGAAUGAGGACUUGACUCACUCACCUUCUAACAGUCAAUUCUUUGUUAUAUAAGUGUGUUGGAGUGUUUACCAGGUUUAAAACAAAAGAGCGCUACUGUAAAGUAGAGUAUGUACUGCAAGGCCAUUGUAUGGCUUCAAAAGCUUUCCCAUCUACAGUGGAAGUCAGAAGUCCUAGGACACUUAACACGAUACGCCUUAAACUGCAUCCCUCCACCCUCCCCCGCACCCCCAAGCAAAUUUGAAGUUUAUGCACCCGGUACACUUUACCCUAUCCUAGAAAGUGUUUGUUUAUCCCAACGUUGUUUGGACGGAGGAGGGGAGGGCCGUUAGAGGCAUCCAAACUGUUGCAGGAGUGGAUAUUAUGCUACAUCUGUAGAUUUGAUAUGUAAGCGCAGUUGAAAGAUGGUUUUUAAUGUUAAUAUUUUCUCAAGGAGUUUGGCCUUCAUUGUAGAUCGUUUUGUUUUUCUAAAAGUCGGUGUGCUUUUUAAUAUUAUUUUUAUGCAAAAGUCAGCUGUACUGCAUGAGAUUGUUCAGUCGCACAAAAAAAUUUUAAUCAGCUUCUAAAAAAAGCGUCAUCGGUUAAUUUCAACGGUACUUUCGUUACAUGUAGGCUCGUGAAGCGGUGGAGAUGAGAGCUCAGCUGGAAAAGAAGUUAGCGCAAAGAGAAAAGGAGAAGAAAGAACAGCGAUUGGUGGAGUUGGCGCAGAAAGCUCGUGAGGAGCGAGCCGGUAUUCGAGCUGCUGCUGGUAGGUGGAGCCGAGUAAAUCACUACAGUCUUCGUUUACCUAGUCUGUUACACAGCCGUUUUUAGUGUCGUCACGCAACGCUCCUCCCCACUAUUAGUGUGGAGGAGCAUUGCGUGACGACACUAAAAACGACUGUGUAGCAGACUAUCGUUUACCGUACUAGGAAAAAGUGUAUUCAAGGUCUUUACAGCCGAUGUUCUACUUAACAAAUAGAUUCCAUGUUGCCGUGCGUCUGUGCAGUAAUUUGGACACAUUUUGACGUCUUCUGUGAUCUGUUACUCAAAAGACCCACGGCAACAUGAAAUCUAUUUCAGUGUCUUCAAUGAUCAGAAAAAAGGCCCAUAAACUUACCUGCUUGACGCUUUCGAGGAUUUGUGCCAGUUUAGGCAUUUUUAGGUCCCAAACGCUACUUUUGUCUCUGCUUCUUCUUUUUUGUUUAUCGUACUUGUAAAUAGUUUCUUCCAAAAAAUUUUCAACGUCUUCACUUGCUCAAAGCGGAAUAUUGGCGAAAACAUUAUUUUUGAAGAACAGCGAGUCUGUCGUAGUGAUGACACACGAUGGCAACUGUUGUGAAGUUUUCUUGCAUUUUACAGACAUGAGUUUGGGCAUUCUCAAGAUGUCAAGAACUCUUUUUGUCUCCGUUUGUCCAUUUUUCGUCUUUGUGAAUAGCUCCUGCUAAACUUUUUUCGAGGUUUUCACUUCCUUAAUCCGAAAUAAUCUCACGAACAUUUUCAAAACCGCGUUGAAGUCCGUGAAGUCCAUGUAUCUGUACUCCAAUAGAUCAAGGGCAACGACCAAUCACUGCGCGCGUAGCUUUGACAUCAUUGUGUAAAGUAGACUAGUAAAUUGGACGGUAAAUAUUUAGUCUGUGCUGAAGACCGGGUGCAUGUAAUUAAACGGGCAGUUUAUUUUAAGUUUUUGGAGCCUCGGCCCUCCUUCUUUUCCCUUAACGUUGUAUUAGUGUUGAAGUUUUGUUUUUCUUGUUGUCCGGUGUUUUAUAAAGCACAAUCAAACCGUUAAGCAGCCUGGAUUUCCACUGUCGCAUAAUUUUUUGCGUGGCGUGCACACGUAAAGUUUACGCGCAUUAAUAAAAUAGUAGCAAUGUAUGGAAGGUCACACGUAAAAGUGAACCUCGCUUAACUUUUAACGUUUACUCGCUGCCUUCCAUUCAUUGCCUCUAUUUUGUUAAUAUGCGCCUAAUAUUAACGUGCGUUCGCACGUAAGGUUACGCGACAGUGGAAAUCCAGCGUUACUGACAAUUUUGUUUGGCAACACUCUGGUAGGGGGGCUUUAAAUAAAAGUUGGCCAAUAACCUUUGCAUGUUGUCCUUCAGUGGCAAUAUGAAAAAACAAUAUGGAAGCUUUUGCCGAUCAACAGUAACAACAGUGGAGGGCUUUAUUGAAAGUUCAGUUAAUCGUUACUUAGAAGCUGGUCGUUUGACUCGUUUACUUCCCGACUGAAUGACGAAGUAUAGAUUGAGGCGCCGGGCUCUCACUUUUAAUCCUUUGUUGUGAUUAUUCAAAUGAAACCUCUUCAACAGUACUGUCACAACGUACUUUUUGAUGUUUAGCAUUUUAAUUUGGAAAUUUUGUUGAACUUUUACUUCGGUCACUUUUUGGAUUAAAAGGGUUGCUUGAGAGUUUGAAAUUACCAGUUUCAUUACUUCAUGAGUAACGUGGUCUAACUCGUUAUUUAGACAGGCCAGAGGAAGAGAGAGAAAGAGACAAACUACGUCAUGAGCGACAUAAGGAGAGAGAACGAGAUAGAAGAAUAUCGAAAGCUGCUCCUGAUAAAAGGUGAGUUAAACUGUGAGCAGAUUGUAACAAUAGAUCUUACAUGAUAAACACAGUGACCUUUAUAUAACGAUCAAGGGGAAUGGGGAAAAAAAACGAAGAAAAUAUUAUACAAAGUUGCAUCAUGUCGAAUUUUUACUACUGUUCCCUUCAACAGGUCUAAACUUCAGCGUGACAAGGAGCGUGACAUUAGUGAACAGAUUGCGUUAGGCCUAGCCUCAGCCCCUCCCUCUCAGGAAGCGUUGUAUGAUCAACGGUUAUUCAAUCAAAGCAAGGUAAUUUACGUUUGUAACGUAACUCAGUCAGUACCUAAUGGUGACCGAUUUUGCAUCCUUUGAUGUAGUCAUGGAUAUCCAGGUGGACUAUGCAGUAAACCAACCACAAUGUUAUACUUUUCUCGUAAUAUUUACAUGGGGAAACCGGAAAUUUAAAUGGUUUGAAAAAUAUGAUAAAAUAGUAAUGGCUGUUUUCACAGUAGAAGACUGACAAAUCGUUUGGAUGGUCAAGUUCGUCUAAUAGGGUCACAGUUUUGACCACUUAUCCCCUCUAGUCGAAGAAACCGAUCAUUCUCAAAAAUUGUCGUAAUCGAAGGACAAAAUCGUAAACUUUGACGUCCAAAAUUGUCUACUCUCAUGAAGCUCCUCGAAACCUUUAAUUUCCCUCGUUCUUCCUGCAAAAUUGUUGUGUUGUUUCAGGGCUAAGGUCUAUUGUGCGAGAGCUUCCUUCCUCCCUCGCCCAAAAGCAUUCGGCUUCCAUUUGUGAAUCAAAAACUGCUUCAUAGUAUUAUUCACUUUUGGAGCGACCUGAAAUGAUCGUUUCGUCCGUUAGGGUCUGGAUUCUGGUUAUGGAGGAGAUGAUGACGUAUACAAUGUGUAUGACAAGGCCUGGAGACGAGAGGGUAGCACAGCAAACGCUAUCUACCGGCCAAGUAAGAAUGUCGACAGAGACGUGUACGGAGAUGAUUUGGAGAAGCUGGUUCAAACCAACAGGUGAGUUGUCACGUGACCGCUACUGCACGUGCUUAGUAGGUGAUAAAAAAUACGGCAAGCAUUUACUUUACACUGAAUACCAAAAGAAAACUUGCUGAGGUCAAUUUGGGUUUAAAGUUCCGGAGUGCCCUUAAAAACGGGAAAAGAAAACAGAAGUAUCCCGCCAGAGGAUAUGGCGAAAUAUGUGUUGAAAAUAAUCUCUAGUCACCAUCACGAGCGUAUAGUUUUAAAAAGUACCUUUAGUUAGUUUCUUGAAUAAGUGCCCGGAAGCUUAUUUGAAAUGACGGCUAAGAUAGGGGCGGGGGGGACGCUUAUUUGAAGGAGGGCGCUUAAUCGAAGGGGGUGCUCAUUAGAGAGCUUUAGAUUUGAGAGCGAGUGCGAGUACGAGAUUUCACUAACUUAAAGUUUUUGCGCGUGUUCUAAAAAAAGACACCACGGAAAACUUCAUUUUUUUUUUACCAAAAAAGUUAGUACGGUUAUUUAUACUGAAGAAGGCUAAGCCCUCUCGCGGUAGUAAAAUGAUAAAACUGCUUACUUUUGAUAACUUGUUCCUGCCACUACGACAUUCUCGCUAACACGCGUAACAGAAUGACGACGGCUAUCACGUUUUCCCGCCAAAAUGACGCUGAUUAACGGGUGAGCAAUACUCAGUAUUGUGAAAAUCUGGUACUCGUAGUCGUCCUCGUCUCGGAAUCUAAAGCUCUCUAUUAAGUUUUCCUUUCAAAGAAGUGUGACUUUGUGUCGGUAAAUGUUUGAUAGAAACGUAAAGUAGAAGUUAAUAGUCUUUCGUUUGUUAAAACAGUAGUUGUAAUCAAGUGUACCGUAGUCCCAUUAAACACUUAACACAGAUGUAUCAGCAUAGAUGUUUAUAAAAAUUAAAUAUCGAUUAUCUCAUCAUCCUCGGGAUCAUCCUCGUCAGUGAUAUGCAGAUCUUCGCGUUCCCCUUGUAUCUGUACUAUUUUAAAAAAAUGAGGUGGGGUGGGGGCGCUUGUUUGAUAGUAAUAUUGCCUAGGAGGUGGGUGCUUGUUCUGGGGAGGGCUCUAAUUAGAGCACAGGCGCUUUUUCGAGGAAAUACGAUAUCUGUUUACUGAAACUGUUCUGUCCCUAGGUUUCAACCUGACCAAGGGUUUGCUGGAACGGAUCGUAGUCAGCGCCGUGAUGGCCCAGUGCAGUUCGAGAAAGAAGAGGAAGAUCCUUUCGGUCUUGAUAAGUUUCUUACAGAAGCUAAAAAGGGCAAGAGACCUCUGGACGAACCUUCACGGUCAAGG